AUGACGAAAAAAACUUCAAAUCUCGUGCUUCCCCGUCCUGGGACAAGAGAAGCUAAAGAAGCCCCAAUCAAAGCACCAUCCGAAGCAACUUUCACCUCAACAUUCGGCAGCCUCCUACCAAAGGCCACAUACCUAGAGACCUCAAAUGGUCGAGCAGCAUAUUACUCCCUGCUACCAAGCUGCACCUCAAGUCCUGAGCCAGCGAAUAUUUCCCGUGUACUACUAAUACACGGGGUUCAAACACCCGCAAUUGGUCUCCAGCCACUAGCCACAGCGCUAUCUGCGCGCUUCCCGUCCGCACACUGCGUGCUAGUAGACCUAUGGGGUCACGGGUUAACAGAUACGCCAGUUCUAGCGCACACGCCAGAGCUGUUCCAUGAGUUGCUGUUAGCUCUAAUGCAGGAAUUGGGAUGGGAGGAUGCGCAUUUAGUUGGGUAUUCGUUUGGCGGAUCGACGACUGCGUCGUUUGUGGCGCGGUAUGCUGAGCGUGUGAGUUCGAUGGUCUUGGUUGCUCCUGCUGGAUUGGUGCGUUCGGGACAGUUUGAUGAGGUGCAACGGGGAUAUUUGCGGGGUGGGGAGGGGGUGGAAGAGAAGGCGCAGGAGUGGAUUGUUGAGUGGUUGGAGGGUGGGGUGUUGGUUGUUCCUCAGGAUUGGGAGGAGAGGGUUGCAAGAGGGGAGGUUGUUGCCGAGGCGGUACGAGAGUGGGAGGUUCGAGUGCAUGAGGGGCAUUUGGCUAGUGUCGUGGGAAUUGUUCGGGAUGGCGGGGUUUUCGAUAAACAUGACGCUUUUGCGGAGGCGGCGAAAAUGAAUACGCCAGGCCUUUGUAUCUUAGGGGAGUUGGAUGAUCUGUGUACUGUGCAGGAUCUGGCUGAUGUUGGCAUGGAGAAUGUUGCCGUUGUUCCGCAGGUUGGACAUGGAGUUGUUAGACAACGAGUGCCAGAGGUCGCUGGUCUCAUUGAGCACUUUUGGCGUUGUCUUUAG